ACAGAACUCCCCAUUGAUGUUUCCUGAACAGUUUUACAACUUGCUGUCUCUCAAUUGAAGCUAAAAUGGAUACAGAAGAUAAAACGUCAAAGAAGGAUGACAAUCCAUCAUUUGAAACUACAGAAAUGAAAUCAGAAUUUGAUAUGCUAUACAAAAUUGAAGAUGUUCCUCCUUGGUAUCUUUGCAUUUUCCUCGGAUUGCAGCACUACUUAACAUGCUUCAGUGGGACGAUAGCUAUACCAUUUCUUCUAGCAAAUGCUCUUUGUGUUGGAAAUGAUCAGCAAACUGUAAGCCAGCUUAUAGGAACAAUAUUUACAUGUGUAGGAAUCACUACAUUUAUCCAGACAACAUUUGGUGUAAGGCUACCUCUCUUUCAAGCGAGUGCAUUUGCAUUUUUAGUGCCUGCUCGAGCCAUACUAGCCCUGGAUAAGUGGAAAUGCCCCUCUGAAGCUGAAAUUUAUGGAAACGGAACUCUACCAGUUGAUACAUCACACAUCUGGCAACCCAGAAUAAGAGAGAUACAAGGAUCAAUUAUAGUUUCAAGUGUGCUUGAAAUUAUUAUUGGGUUUGUCGGCCUUCCAGGAAUAUUGCUCAACUAUAUUGGACCUCUAACUGUCGCACCAACAAUUUCCUUGAUUGGUCUCUCUGUUUUUGAAGCUGCUGGACAAAGAGCAGGGUCACACUGGGGUAUAUCCAUUCUGGUCUUGACACUGAUAAUAUUGUUUGCACAGUACCUCAGAAAUAUUACUCUUAUAUUACCUUGCUAUAAAAUUGGAAAAGGAAUAAAGACUUAUAAAUUGCAAAUCUUCAAAAUGUUUCCGAUUAUUAUGGCUAUAAUGUUAUCAUGGUUGUUGUGCUAUAUUUUGACCCAGACUGGUGUGUUCCCGUCAGAUAGUAAAGCAUAUGGAUUUAAAGCAAGAACUGAUGCAAGAGGAGAAAUAAUGUCCAGUUCGCCAUGGUUCCGUUUUCCAUACCCAUGUCAGUGGGGACUACCUACAAUUACUAUUGCUGGUGUUUUAGGAAUGUUCAGUGCCACACUCGCUGGAAUUAUUGAAUCCAUGGGUGAUUAUUAUGCCUGUGCAAGGUUAUCAGGAGCACCCCCUCCACCUGUUCAUGCUAUUAAUAGAGGAAUAUUUAUUGAAGGAGUUUGCUGUGUUAUUGCUGGAUUGCUUGGAACUGGAAAUGGUUCUACCUCUUCAAGUCCAAAUAUAGGUGUUUUGGGUAUUACAAAGGUGGGCAGUAGAAGAGUUGUGCAGUAUGGUGCCGGGAUCAUGUUCAUCUUAGGAACAAUCGGCAAAUUUACUGCUCUAUUUGCAUCUGUUCCAGACCCCAUACUCGGUGGAAUGUUCUGUGCUUUGUUUGGCAUGAUUACAGCCAUUGGCCUGUCUAAUCUUCAAUUUGUUGAUAUGAAUUCAUCAAGAAAUUUAUUUGUAUUGGGGUUUUCACUGUUUUUUGGACUAGUUCUCCCGAAUUUUUUGGACUCAAAUCCUAACUAUAUUAAAACAGGUUUACCAGAGUUGGAUCAGAUAUUGACUGUGCUGCUAACUACAGAAAUGUUUGUUGGAGGAUGCAUAGCUUUUUUCCUGGACAAUACCAUACCAGGUUCAGAAAAAGAGCGGGGACUGGUGCAAUGGAAGCAUGGAGCAAAUGCCAGCAGUGACACAUGCACAGAUCUAAAAAGUUAUGAUUUUCCAUGUGGGAUGAAAUUAGUUAAGAAAGUGAAGUGCUUCAGAUGGCUACCAAUAUGUCCAGUUUUUAAAGGUUUCAAAGCUGCUCUUCAAAAGGAUCCUGCCACAGAUUUGACGAAUCUGGAUCCAGGAAACAAUGUGCUAUGUACUAAAGUAUAAUACCAAAUGAUAUAAAACGCGUUUAUGUUACCAGAGAUAAAAGACUAUCCCAUAAAAGUCUUCAUAACUUUUGAAAUAAAGAUUGCAAUUUAAAGUUA